AUGAACCCGGCACCGAACGAGUCGAUCGUGAAGGUGACCAGCAGUUUGAACAAAGUUCUUUGUGUUUCUGGUGCCAAUCCAGUGACUGUUUGGUAUUCAACCGUGGAAACCAAAAGAGGAGUCGAUUCGCUGGCCUCUGUGCCUGACGCUCCAUCUUCUAACGUGGCAUUUGAUAUUUCGCAUUUUUUCGACAAAAAGAACAUCAGAACCAGCUUUAGAACGGCUAUUGCACACUCUCCCAAUGAAGCCCCAGCUGCAGCCAGCACAGCGUGGAUGGCAAAGACCUCCGGUCGAUGGUCUGUUGGAGUGAGUGUGGCCAGAACUGCCUCUUCAAUCGAUUUGAACGGACCUGUCUCGUUACCGGACGGAGAUAUCACUCCGAGAAUGGAAGCAGUAAGCAGUAGUGCAAAAUUAUCUGUUCCCCACGCGAAAACGAUACCGGACCCGAGCAUCAGCAGUCCGCCAAUGAUCAUUACUCGACGGUUUCCGAUCUUGUUGGAGUUCCAAACUAGAAAGUAG